GGAAAGGAAGGAGAGGAGGAGAAAAAUAAAUAGAGGAGGUGGAAGUAGGAAAGGAAGUAGAUGAUGAAGAGGAAGGGAGGAAGGAAAUACAUAGAGGAGGAGGAGAGGAGAAAGGAAAGGAAGUAGAGGAAGAAAAGGAUGGUGCAAGCCCGGAAGUUAUUGCUCCAACGUGAGUCUAAGAUGUGUAACUCUAUGGAACGCCUUGCUACGCUCUCACCGCUCCGUUGUCCCUGAGACGGAAGCACGUCCCCGGCCGACGGUGUCCGUUCCUAAUUGUGGUCCCCCCGAGAACAAAAGCUGCGGAGUGGCAUUCCGGCGAACUGGAGCGAUGAGCAAAGCGUGGCGGAGAUCGGAAGCGGGCGGCGGGAGAAUGGAGGGCGCCGGGAGGGGUGAUGAGGAUGAGUCCAACAGCCACGGGUCCCACAAGAAAAAGCACAAGAAGCACAAGAAAAAGCACAAGAAGAGACAUCACCGUGAAGACGGAGGCCUGUUGGCAGCGGAAACAAUCCCUGCUCCCCCUAAGCCUCAGCUGAAGCUCAAAAUCAAGCUGGGAGGACAGAUCCUGGGCACCAAGAGUGUGCCAACCUUCACUGUCAUCCCUGAGAGGCCCCGCUCCCCCUCCCCACUGAUGGUUGUGGAUGAUGAGGAGGAACCUAUGGAAGGCGUACCCAUUGAACAGUAUCGAGCUUGGCUGGAUGAGGACAGCAACCUGGAGCCCUCCCCUCUGCCAGAGAUCGACCCCGAAAUGGGCUUCCCGGCCCGUGAAGAGGAAGAGGAGCAGCGCUGGCUGGAUGCCCUGGAGAGGGGCGAACUGGAUGACAACGGGGAGCUCAAGAAGGAGGUGGACGAGUCCCUCCUGACAGCCAGGCAGAAAGCCCUCCUGCACAAGCAGCAGAGCCAGCCGCUGCUGGAGCUGCCCAUGGGCUACAAAGCCAAGGAGCUGACGGAGGAGAUGCUGAUCAAGCGGGAGGAGAGAGCCCGCAAGCGGCGCCUGCAGGCCGCCAAGAAGGCCGAGGAGAACAAGAACCAGACCAUUGAGCGCCUAACCAAGACCAGUAAGGCCAAGGUGAAGACCCUACGAGAGCGCAAAGCCAAAGGGGUGGUGGUCCCCACCGUUUCCUACCGCAGUGCUGCCAAUGGGAUCACCGUCUCCUUCCCCCCGGGGGCCCCACUGCCCCUGCUGCCCUCCACCUUGCCCCCUGUGCCUCCACCCACUUCUUGCGGGGUCGCCGGCUGCCCCAACCUCAAGCGGUACUCCUGCUCCCACACUGGGGUGCCCCUCUGCAGCCUGGCCUGCUACAAGAAGAACCUUCUGCUUCGGGAAGUGGCGGCCUAGAUCCCUCAACUCUCAGCUAAAUGGGGACCUUCUGCUGGUCCUGUUGAGAUGACUGUCGGCAGCCAUAGCACUUCCAGUUGUCCCCUGUGAUUCUAGAGAGGAUGCGGAAAAGAGCAUUUGGGGUGGCUUUCUUCCACACAUGGGCUUGGCACAACACAGGCUGUUCGUUGGCAACAAGGAUUGGACAUGAGGUGGGGUGUAUUCCAUGGUCACAUGUAGCAGUGUGAGAGACAAAGGCACCUGCCACUCUGUACCCAAAGGAAGCUCCAUAGAGAAUAAUGUGGGUCCGCCUUAUUGUGGUUACUCUGUGCCAGCACAGUAGGUUAGUGGAGUGGCAACAACCCUUGAGCCCCUUCUUGUGGGACUGAGACAGUGCCAUCAGCCUGGCAGCGUGGGACCGAUGUUCCCAUUUGAACCCUUUUGAUGUCAGCAGGGGCCUCCUUGCUGCUACUCUUCCACCUUCAGGAAAUUGGAGGAAGCUCUGGCUCACUUGGCUGGACUCUGCAAGUGGUUUCUUUCUGCAGUGUUUAUUGUGAUUGACUGAGAGUUCAGUCAAGCCUGGAGAAUCCCAGGAGGCUGGUUAUUGCCUCCUCCGCUUGUUGCAAAAGAACAAAAGAAGGGCUUCCUUCCAAGGGGAUCAACUUCCAGAAACAGUUUCCAAAGGAAUAGCUGCAAGGGCUUCUGCUUUCUUGAAGCUGCUCACUUUUGGGGUCUCAUAACUACCUGAUCUCUGUCACGAGACACCAGAAAGAAGCACAGCUGAAAAUCUGAGUGGGCAAAUGCACUGAUAUGUUGGGGUGGUCAUGACUGCAGUUGCUUCCUCAAGACAGGAAUAAAUUUCUCUGCUUGCAAUGUGGAGAAGGCAGACAAGACAGGCCUCAUCUUUGGAAGGACAGAAGGGAAGGGACUCAUCCAAGGCAGGGCUAGUAUGUUUCCUCCCAGAGAGAAGCUCCAUCGCUUGAGCUUCAAACAUGGGGCUUAGAGCAUUGGGAUUGUCUCUAACCUCAUGCCUCAUAAGGGGAAGAUCCUGGCAACUGCUUUUUCAGUUUGUUUACUCUUCUGAGAACAGAGAACGGGUAUGUUUAGCAGCCUGUUUAAUAUCCUUUUGAGACUUUUCAAAGGAAAUGUGGUUGGAUAGAGCUUCUGCAGUGGUUUCUAUCCUUCUGUUCUGGAGUAGCAAGACUGGGAUGCAAAGUGGAAUUAUUAGGGAAACCUGAGAUGCUUUAGAGACAGUAGCAAGAUACAGUGAUGGGCAAAGUACAUAUUGUGAGACGAGCUCUGUUCGUCUGUCCUUUUUAUUGUGAAGGAGCCUCAAAUGCCUAGGUGGACACUUUAUAUUCCAACCGUUCAACACCUCCUGGCAUUCUUGGUUGUUUCUAAUUCUAAUACCUUUUUUAAAUAGCUGUUCUUCCAAGUCAUGUCUGUACUUUUAUAAUAAAUUGGUUCUAGACCAGUUGGAAUUU